ACACACGCUCUUGUGUUCGUGGACGAGUUCCCCUGGGGAAUAAAGAGCAGAGUGAAGGUCACACUCAUGGACCAUAACGCACUUAGUAAUAAGAAGAUACCACAGGUUAACGGGCUCCAAGUGGUAGAGAUCGUGGACCAUCACUCGGAUCUGGGCCAGCACUUGGACGCCGAGAAGAGAGAAGUAGCUUUUGCUGAUGGUAACGCACUGGUGGCAUCAACGUGUACGCUGGUUGCCGAGAGGCUGAAGGAAGUUGCGACUCAUGAAGCGCAUAAACUACUAUCGACUAUGCUACUGGGAGUGAUCGCUCUGGACAGCAUCAACUUCGACCCGAAUGCGAAGAAGGUGACGCCGAGAGACGUCAAGGCGGCGGAGAAGCUGGAGGAGAUGGCGUUUGCGAAGAAAGAACCACUGUUUAAAUGGCUACAGGCAGAGAAAUUUAACCCCGCACAUUGGGGAGCAUUUACGCUCGAGAAUUGUCUACAGGUGGACUACAAGGAGUUUACGUUCACGACUGCAACUGGUGCCUCGAAGGUCGUCGGUAUCAGUGCCGUGCUGAUUGACUUGGAAGCUUUUGUGCUUAAGACUAAAGAUGCCACUGCACUGCGUAAAGGAAUGACUGACUACUGUAGGCAGAAUACGCUGUCGUUCCUGGUGGUGAUGACGAUGUUCAUGACGUCCGACAACCAGCGCCACCGCCAGUUGCUCUUCUUUCAAGAAGACGGAGAUGAUGCCAAGCAGUGCAUUGAGUAUAUCAAGACGGAAGGUUCACUGCAAGUGGAACCAUUACUCCUUCCGGGAUCGCAUCGCGAUGAACAUUUAGCUGCGUUCAAUCAGCUCAACACGGGCGCGUCUAGAAAGCAGGUCGCACCAAUGAUCCAGCGUGCACUUGCUCAGUAGUUGUAGAUUCAAACGGAGACAUCUGGAACAAUAGAGCGAAAGCAGCACUUGGUCCCGCCGUGAGCACGUAUACAAUCAGUAAAUGCCAGAGACCUGUUUAGGAUUCUGCCAUUGCCGUACUAGGAACCAUCGCGAGGGUGACGCUGGUCUUCGCAAGAAC